AUGGACUCCUCCUCCACCUCCGGGUCCGGGGCCGCCGUCGCAGGGCCCGAGCCGACGUCAAGCCGCCGCGCCAGCUACGGCCCGGUCCUCGAGGACGAGCCGCCGCGCCUCCGCUUCACCGUCGGGCAGUACCCGACCAGGUUCCCGCUGGCGGACGCCCCCGGCUUCAUCUCCUCCAUCGGCGCCGCCCUCGCCCGCCACGCCGACGCCGACGCGCAGGUCGAGCCGCUCGAGAUCUCCCUCGUCUUCCGCGCCCCGCACCAGCACUACAUCGCCAGCCUCGGCGCGUACGCCACGGAGCACCCCCACGCCGCGCUCGUCACGGCCGACCACGUCCGCGCGUGGCUGCGCUUCGGCAUGGCCCGCGCCGCGGGUUCCUUCGUGCUCGAGCUGCCACCACGCCCGCGGUCGACGACCGAGGAGAGCGCGUCGGGUGCGGCGGCGGAAGCAGAGAAGAACGGCGUGGCUCUGGAGCUGCCGCGCUCGGCCGCGUCGGCGAUCGUGGCGCUGACCCUGGGCGACGCCACCCUCGCGCUCCCCGCGCCCGCGGACGCCUCGUUCCACGCGCUCGCGGAGCUGCUGCUCAGCAACGCCCGGAUCAGCGACCAGCACCGCCUCAGCGGGCUCCUCUCGUCCCCGUCCUUCCCUCGCCUGAAGAGGCUUCGGCUCGAGCACCUGGCGGGCGUGGGGGAGCUGGACCUCUGCGUCGGCGACCUCGAGGAGCUGGCGAUCGUGGGCGUGCGCGACCUGUGGUGCCUGCAGGUGAGCGCGCCACGCCUGCGCGCGCUCCGCGUCACCGAGUGCUUCAGGCUGGAGUCCAGCGCAGGGGAGCUGGCGAUCGCCGCGCCGGCGCUCGAGGCGCUCACGUGCUCCAGCAUGUGCAGGAUGCAGGGCCUGCAGUUCGACAGCGGGCCGUCCGUUCGGGAGAUCGGGGGGCUUCCCCUGUGGACGCACGGGCACGCCAACCAUGCCGCCCGCAACGAGGCCGCCAUAUCGAUCCCGAAGCAAUGCACCGCCGCGCACCGCCUUAACCUGGACCUACAUGUGCCCAGCUAUAUGAGGGAGGCCCUGGUGGAUGGUAUGGAUUCAGGGAUGGCGGAUUGUGAGAGCAUACUAGUGGAUGACAUACCACAGCUACUUAACAUCACUGCUCUGAGGGUCAAUAUCUCAACAUGGAAGGGGCAUUCAUAUGCUGCCAGUUUGGCAAGGCUCAUUGCACAGUGCAGCAAUCUGGAAGAUCUCCGCAUUGAAGUCACGAGAGGCACCGAGAAGCCGGCAUGCUUGGAUCGAGCUUGCGUCUGCCACGACGAAGACGGCUGGGAGAACCAGCAGCUCUCACUGGAGCGCCUUGUACACUUGAACAUCACCGGGUUCCAGGGACUGGACUACGAGGAGCGCCUGGCUCAGAUGAUACUGGCAGGCACCCCAGCUCUCAAGAGAGAAUGAAGUUGCCUUAGAGAGGGAGUGGGUGUUCAUUCCUUCCUACUCCAGGGUCGUUGGAUCACUUGUGGCGAUAGUAGAUGCCGAAUUGGCUAGACGCAUGAGACCAUCUCAAUUCUGAUAUGCUAGCUUGAAUGUUCUGUGCUUCUUUAGGAGGCAUCAAAAGUUCAAAACCGAGGAUGGUAAUUUUCGUCGAGCACUUGAAGUUCAUCUAUUAGUUCGUCUUCUCAUGCCAUGCCCUAGCUGUUGUUGCAAUCGUUCUGGUGUAUGUUGCACUAGCUACUCGGUCUUGUGAGCUGUGGUGAGCUGAAAUGUGAUCUUG